UUUCCCAUUCCCUUCUCUCCACUUUUCCAUCUCUUCUUCUUCUUCCUCCUCCUCCUCUCUUCCUCCCUCUCCUUUCCCUUCUCUCUCUCUCUCUCUCUCUCUCUCUCUCUCGUGAUAGAAGGGCAAUGAUACGUCGAGCAGGGGGCGGAGCCGCUGAGAACAUGACAACAGUAGCUAGAGUAAGAGCAAAGUAAAAAAAAUCUCUGCUUUCUCAAGGAGCAAGCAAAAGCCUAGAAGACAAAAAGCUCAUCAUCCCUUCCAAAUCCAUCAUUGUAGCAUGCCACAAGAGCUAAUUAUAUGUAGCGCUCGGGUCGCCGGACCAUCUGGGUUUCCAUAUCAUUCCAGAAAUGGACGACACCGGCCUCCAUCACGCCCAUGAACUCCCGAACUAUCCGCAAGAAAACCAAAUCGUAGCAGUGGCCAUGACCACGGAUGGCGGCGGCGCAGCUAAUUCCUCUGUUGCGUCUUCUACUACUACUAAUCUCCCCUGGCCGCCGCUUCUGAACGUGCCGGAGCCGCCCUUCUCGAUUCGCAAUCACGUGCAAGAACGCGGCUUCUUGUUUCCUAAUUCGCUUCCGCCGCUUCCUCCGCCGCCGGCGUUCUACCACGACCCGUAUAUGGGACCGCCGGCGCCGCCGGAUCCCCUGGUGGGGCUCAUGGCUUCGGGGGCGGGAAUCAAUUACGCCGACGGGUUGGUUCGCGGGCUCGGGAUGAUGAUGAUGAGCGCGUGCUCGCCGUCUUCGUCGACGUUCCCCUUCGGCAGCGGCCUCCACGCCGAGCUGGCCGUGGCCACCGGCACUGCCAGGAUGACGCCUCAGGAAAUCAUGGACGCCAAGGCGCUCGCAGCCUCCAAAAGCCACAGUGAGGCCGAGCGCCGCCGCCGCGAGCGCAUCAACGCCCAUCUCGCCCGCUUGCGGAGCUUGCUCCCCAGCACCACAAAGACGGAUAAAGCGUCGUUGCUGGCGGAGGUGAUACAGCACGUCAAAGAAUUGAAGCGGCAGACGUCGGAGAUCGCGGAGGAGACGAGCCCGCUUCCGACAGAGACCGAUGAGCUGACGGUGGACGCGGCGGACGACGCCGAGGGGCGGUUCAUGGCGCGGGCGUCCUUAUGCUGCGACGACCGCUCCGACCUCCUCCCGGACCUCAUCAAGGCGCUCAAGGCGCUGCGGCUGCGGGCGCUCAAGGCGGAGAUCACCACCCUCGGCGGCCGCAUCAAGCACGUGCUCGUCGUAACCGGCGAGGACGACGGCGAUGACGACGCCGCCCAGCUGCCGCAUUAUUCCAUCGGAGCGAUCCAAGAAGCGCUGAAAGCGGUCAUGGAAAGAACGCCCGUCGACGAGCCGCCAUCGGCCGCGGCGGCCGGGAUCAAGCGGCAGAGGACGGCGCCUACCAACAUGUCCGCCAUACUCGAUCACAGGGAGGUGACAAAGGGAGAAAAUGACAGUGGAAGUGGAGCUAGAGAAAGACAAAUGCUGAAGCUGAAGGGAACUUAGCAAGUACAGGCUACUGUAGCUAUAAUUAUUCUCGGCAUCUAUGGAGAUUUAUAUAGAAAGGGGGAGCUUGUAGUAGGUCCACAAGCUUCUUCAUGGGUUAGUUCGAUGACAAUAAUAUAAGGCCACAGAAGGCUUGCUGACUUCUCAGACUAAUGGUGAUAGGAAAAGUAUGUACUAUAUUCUGUUCCGCAGACGAAAACGACCAUGAACCACUAGAGAAGGUACAUAGUGUUGACCUA